AUGCCACCCAGAUUCCUUCGCGGUAGAGGCAAAGGACCCGUGACAGGUCAUGAUCACGAGGCCGGGCCUUCGCACCGGCGUACUCCAUCUAUCACUAUGAGCACAAGCCCGCAACAGCCAUGGAGGCUCUAUGUCAAACCCGGAAGGCGAUCUGUAUCCCUUAGCUCUUCACCUUCGUACCAACACUCUUUUGGGCCCCAUUCAGAAAACGAGCCCAACAACCAGCCGCCAGCUUUCAUACCUCUACAGAGAUCCAACUCUCAUCAUUCUUUUGGCGACCCAACACCCGUUUUCCAAAGCCGAUUUAACCCGGCUAACCUUCUGCCUGAACCCGUGGGUUUUAACCCACUUGGACCGGAAGACCACUUUUCAGGGGAAAACGACAUGGAUGAGGAUACUGACCCCAUGGAACCUGCAUCAGGAAUGCCGAAUCAUCCCAUUGAGAUCUCAGAUGGGUCAUCAUUCCAUGGAUCGCCAUACCGCGGACCGGACAGUUUUAUGGAGAAAUUCAAUCAGUAUGAUUGGUAUUUCACCCCGUCUGAGCACUCGCAUCACGAGCAGCAACAGGAUCCUUCGGUGGGUCAUCAAUUGGUGGCAGUCACGCCGCCGCCACCACCGCCAGUAGAUCCGUAUCAAGUAGCUCGGGAUUACAAUGCCCUUCACCCUGAAGGACCAUACGGAGGGCCAUGGACUACUGGUUACCUGACUUAUGGGUACCAGCAUCAGCCACCUCCUCCACCGGUGUAUCAGCCGCCACAGCCACAGAUUCAGCAGGAAGUCCUUGAAAGGCUGAACCAAGUCGAACAAGAGGUUCGUGAAGACCGCAGAGAGCGGCAAGGUUUCUUCAAAGGGCUAUCAGAUUUGCUUAAGGGGAAGUCGAAGAGGAGGGGUCAUUGA